GGACUGGACUGAGCUGCUCUGACGAAAUUAACCCUCUUUCAUACUUGGAAUCGCAACAUCUCUCCUACUCCUACUCAUGGCUUAUGACCAUUACACCCGGUAACCUCUCUGCAGCAUCUGCUGCACCCAAAUGAAUACAACUCCCACCACGAAUUCGGACAUAGCAGUAGCUCGCAAUGGCAGCCCUACACUUCCAGGUAAGCUAAUUCCAGUCCGGUGCAUGUGCUGUCUGGGAGCGCAUAGCCAUAGCAAGCUGCCUGCCACCUUGACAGGUAGGACUAACUAGCUGACACUUUGACAGGUUCAUUUAAGCCAUCAUCCUUCGUCCCUUCUACGAAACCGACCGCGAUUCAACUACCAACCUCUCCGAAUUGCGAAUAAUUCGACUCGAUCUCUAAAUACAGAAACCCCAAAAGACCAUGUGCCAGCACCAGGCACGUCAUUGCCCUCCGACCCACCACCACCACCUCCAGCAGACUGGGAAGACAAUCCAAACUAUAAUAUCGAAAAAUUCUCACAACUACCUCAUACCGAUUUUGGAGUCAAUCAACAUAUCUUAAUUGAUACUGAAUUCAAAGAAUCGCUGCGUCAGGUUUUGUGGAACUUCCGUGCUCCUAUUCGUUAUGCCUUUGCUUAUGGAUCUGGUGUUUUCCCCCAAUCGAAACCCUCUGUGACACCUUCGAGCGCGACCUCAAUCCAUUCAAAGCCGCCUCCUGCGGUGGUUCGAGCCCAGGGUGGGAAUCCAAAGAUGAUUGAUUUUGUAUUUGGCGUAUCCUACACACAACAUUGGCAUUCUCUAAACCUUCACCAGCACCGCCAUCAUUAUUCCGCCCUUGGGUCUCUCGGCUCAGGUGCAGUAUCAGCAGUUCAGGAUAAUUGGGGAGCCGGGGUUUACUUCAAUCCUUAUGUCACAGUUAAUGGCACCCUCAUAAAAUAUGGUGUGGUCAACUUGGAUACAUUAUGUACGGAUCUCUCCGAAUGGUCAACGUUGUAUAUUGCUGGCCGAUUACAAAAACCCGUGAAGAUCCUCCGAGACGAUCCUCGAGUCCGAUUGGCGAACCAAGUCAAUCUUAUUUCUGCCCUACGGACGGCCCUACUCCUUCUCCCGCCAUCCUUUACAGAAGCAGAGCUUUAUGCUACCAUUACAAAUAUCAGUUAUAUGGGUGAUCCACGAAUGGCCUUUCCAACUGAAGAUAAAUCGAAAGUUGCCAACAUAGUGGGAAACAAUCUUCCGCAUUUCCGACGCCUUUAUUUGCCGCUUAUUGAUAAUCUUCCCAAUGUAGACUUUGACGAUGCCAAAUGUUCAAACCCAGAUUGGGCCUCGGAUCCAUCAGCAAAUGUUCGAUUGACGCAAGAUAUGAGUCCAACCAAACGAGGAAAUAUGGUUCGUCGACUGCCGAAAGCCUUCAGAUCGAAACUUUAUUUCCAGUACCAGAAGAAAUAUCAAAUUCCCCAGCUUGAAUUCAAUAAAAUGCUUGAAGCAUCAAGUGACGAGACGUCAACCAAGAUCAACCGACGAGAAGGUGGUGGUUUUGAACAAAGAAUAGCAAGUGAACCACCAGAAAAUCUUCGUGGGGAAGUAAGUGGCGUAAUCAAGAGUACAAUCGGCUGGCCCAGUACCAGUCAGAGCAUCAAAGGUCUCUUGACUUCUGGGCUUGGGCGGAGCUGGAGGUACAUGGGUGAGAAGAUUGGGAAAUACCAAGCCGGGAAACUGAAUGCAGCAGCUAGUGAAAAGAGGGAGUGA